UCCCACCAAACGCCUUCCAUCCCCCGCGUCGCCCGACAGCGUGCGGGAGUGUACGUGCGUGUACACGGGGCGAUCGUCGAUCCCCACGAACAACGCGCACGCACAGUCGCUUACACAGUAACAACGCAUUCGUCGCGAUCGGGUGGCGUAGCAGCUCCGCGAUUUGGUACGUAUCCGCGCUCGUUGGUUUGUGUGUGUGGUUGCUUUUGUGAUGAACGCACUGGUUGUCGCACAACGAUGUUCGUUCCACGGAGUCGAGCCUAGACCGCAAUCGCGCCGCUCGUAACACCGUCAUCGACGACCUCCGUGGCCGUUGUCGUGGUAGCAAAUCAUUUCGUGACGCGACCUGCCCGCCGUAGCAUGGUGUCCGGUCCUCGAAACCACCACUGACGACUGUGCCGCUGUGUACCGCUGUACUGCUGCUGCUCUACUACCGCGACGGCGGAAACGCCGAACAACGUUAUCAUCAUGAGUGAAACAAGCAUUGCAUCAGCCAGAGCUUCUGUAAUGAUUUAUGAUGACAACAGCAAAAAAUGGAUUCCAAGUGGAACAUCAUCGGGUCUUAGUAAAGUACAUAUUUUUAAACAUGUGAUCAAUAAUACAUUUCGUGUAGUUGGACGUAAACUACAAGACCAUGAGGUUGUUAUAAACUGUGUUAUCUUAAAGACUCUAAAAUAUAAUCAAGCAACAACUACAUUCCAUCAGUGGAGAGACAAUAAACAUGUAUAUGGUUUAAAUUUUAGCAGCAAAGAAGAUGCUGAUUCCUUUGCUAGGGCCAUGGUAUAUGCUCUAGAGAUUCUAGAUUCUGUCUCCAGAAACAAUAUAAAUAACCCUCAUAUCCAUGUACCACCUCCUGCACCUCCAGUUUAUCAGCAAUCAAAUGGCCAAUACGAUGAAGACAUGGGAUACAGAGAUUGGUGUACAAAUAAUGUACCUAAUCAUUUCAGAAGCAUGACAAAAGAUGAUGCUGCCAUAAUUCAAGAAAGAAGAAUGUCCCAACAAAAUCAGAUUACUAGCACAACAAAUGGUUUACCAACAAUUCCACCUACUCCUCCUCAAUUACCCUCAUCAGGUCAUCACCGCACAUCAUCUGCUCCACCAGCACCAGUUCCUCCCCCACCGCCUCCUGGCAUUAUGUUAAACCCAGGACCAGGACCACCACAACCUCCUCCUAUGCCUGGCAGUCUACUGAGACCCAGUAGUAACGGAGAACAAGAUCAUAGUGAACCUGUUGAUCAAACAUCUUCAUUAGCAGUGCAGUUACAAGCUGCUCGUUUGAAACGUACCAACAAACAGCAUCCAACUGAAAACAGUGGCUCUUCAACAAGUAGUGCUGGUAGCACUACAACAAGUAGUGGUGGGAGUGGAAAUUAUGGAACCUUAGGUCGAAAUGCUAAUGGUGGUCAACCUGUUAUGGCAUCAAUGAUGGAUGAAAUGGCUCGUACAUUAGCAAGACGUCGAGCUGCUGUUGAAAAGAAAGAACCAAUUGAAUGCCCUCAAGAUGAAAGUGUAUCACCCGGCGACAAAAAAAAUUGGAAUCGCAAUGACAGUCAAAAAAGCUCAUUGAAUGGUUGUGAAAGUCCUAAGUUUGGUCGUAAACAAUUAUCUGCUACUUCCACUGAAGACUUGAUUGCAUCUAAAUCUUUUGGGGACAGUUGUAUAUCAAAUAUAUCUUUAGAGCUAGAGACAUUAAAACAAGACAUACUGCGUGAAAUACGCAAGGAAAUGAACCGAAUGAAGUUAGACAUCAUUGAAAGCCUAAAAGUAGAAAUAAGCAAAAGAUAAGUGAACAACGAUCUAUGAAACAAGUAUCAAGUUAUUAAUAUCCAUAUUACAGUUUUAUAUUGAUUCGAUGCUUGUUAUUUUUUCUAUUAAGUGAACAUUUUUGAACUGAAUCUCAUUUUAUUACUGUUAUAUGAUUUAGGAACACUUAUAGAUAAUUAUUGUAAACCUAUUAAUGAUAAACUCAUUUAUAGCUACUUAAUUUAUACUUUCUUACAUAAUCAAGUUAUUAUGUAGAAUAUUUUUUAUAUCAAAAUUG